CAACACCCGCCCCCCUCCUUUAGUUUAAGUGAGGGCGGAAGAUGGCGGCGGCUGCAGCGGCUGGGACGGGACCGGGGGUUCCGGACGGGGAGCAGGAGGGGUCAAACCGUGACCGGAGCGCGUUUGAAUGCAAUAUCUGCCUGGAACCUGCGAGGGAAGCAGUGAUUGGGCUCUGUGGCCACCUGUACUGCUGGCCCUGCCUUCAUCAGUGGUUAGAAACGCGGCCAGACCGUCAGGAGUGUCCUGUGUGCAAAGCAGGCAUCAGCCGUGACAAAGUCAUCCCGCUUUAUGGCCGUGGUAGCUCUACACAGGAGGAUCCCAGGUUGAAAACACCUCCCAGACCACGAGGUCAGCGCCCAGAGCCUGAGUCUCGAGGGGGCAUGGCUGGUUUCCCCGAAGCAGCAACUGGUUUCCACAUGGCAUUUGGCAUCGGCGCAUUUCCCUUUGGAUUCUUUGCCACGGGAUACAGUGCUCCAGGGGAAAGAGCAGAUGUCGAUGCCGCCAGGCCAUCAAGCUGGCAGGAUUCGCUCUUCCUCUUCAUUGCCAUCUUCUUCUUCUUUUGGCUGCUCAGUGUCUGACUGGCUGGACCCCCACUGGAUUCGCCCUAAAUACUAAAGACUAUCAGAACUGGAUAGACGAUCUGUGAUAUUAUGGGGUGGGGUGGGGUUGGGGCAGUUGUCGGGUGGAGGGUGGCGUUGCUUGCAAACUGCACAAGACUAGGCGGGAGAUAGGGAAGGGUUAAAACUGAGCAGCGGGAUAUAAGUCGGGCAUGGCAAAUCUCCCUCUACCCUUUUCCUUAAUCUCCCUGCAACACAGAAUUAAACUUGUAAUAGGGCUACUUUGUGGGUGACUGUGCAAACAAGGGUGGUUGCCACGUUCCUCCGUUGUAAUGCUGUGGGUAAUUCUCUGGAAGGGAGAGCAAGAACAUCCAAAUGAUCAUGGGGCCGAAUUAUUUCUGCCUCUCUUCUGAGAUAAAUAUUUCUGAAGCUUGAAGAGGCUCAGUGAUUAAAAAUAUACCUAUAUUGACAUUUCAAAGAGUGUAGCUAUUGGCUUGAUGGUACAAAUGCAGCCAACUGGGCCACCAAGCUGUGUUCUGGUGCUUGUCUUCUUAUCCCUUGGAAGAGAGGUAGAAAAUGCUGGAGGAAAGUGUGUGGCCAUGGUUUCCUAUUGCUUCUAGGUUGCUGGGAGAAAAUGUGGGUGCAAGGGGGUGGGAGGAAUGCAGAGAAGCUAAUUCCCUCUUCCAGUUUUCCUCUCCACAGUUGAAGCCAUGUUUUCACCACCAUCAUUUAUUGCUGACUGCAAGCAUCGGCCUAUUUGCUCCGAACAAACCUCGCAGGGAGGUGGGCCACAGCCCUACUUAUGGGAUACUCGGUGCACAUAAAGUGGUCCGUGGGAUGAAUGGAAUUUAUGGGCAGAAGGUAUUCUCCUCUUUCACCCUUCAAAGAAGAAGAAAGGGAGGCACCUCACUCAUCUCUCUUGCCACAUCAAGUCUUGUGACAGAGGUAGAAAAUUAAAGUAAAGUCAGGAGGAGAGAAGUGGUGGGGUGUUGUUGGAGCAUGGCUUGUUACCGCAGUGUCCACGUUCAGUGUGGCUCCAUGAUCAACAACCAGAGAGGACUGGGAAUAGGGUUGUUGUUGGAGCAUGGCUUGUCAUGACAAUGUCCACAUUCAGUAUGGCUCCAUUGUCAACAACUAGGGAGGACUGGGUUUACGGUUGCUUUUGGAGCCUGCUUAUCACCACAAUGUCCAUGUUCAGUAUGGCUCCAUGGUCAGCAAUCAGAGAAGACUGGGGUUAGGGUUGUUGUUGGGGCAUGACUUUUCACCACAAUGUCCAUGUUCAAUAUGGCUCCAUUGUCAACAACCAGAGAGGAGUAGGGUUAGGGUUGUUGUUGGAGCAUGGCUUGUCACCACAGUGUCAGUGUUCAUUUUGGCUCCAUGGUCAACAACCAGAGAGGACUGGGUUUACGGUUGUUUUUGGAGCAUGCUUAUCACCACAAUGUCCAUGUUCAGUAUGGCUCCAUCGUCAACAACCAGAGAAGUCUGGGUUUACGGUUGUUUUUGGAGCAUGACUUGUCACCACAAUGUCCAUGUUCAGUAUGGCUCCAUGGCCAACAACCAGAGAGGACUGUGGUUACGGUUGUUGUUGCAGCAUGCUUAUAACCACAAUGUCCAUGUUCAGUAUGGCUCCAUGAUCAACAACCGAAGAGGACUGGGGUUAGAGUUGUUGUUGGAGCAUGACUUGUCACCACAAUGUGCAUGCUCAGUAUGGCUCCAUGGCCAACAACCAAAGAAGACUGGGUUUAUGGUUGUUUUUGGAGCAUGCUUAUAACCACAAUGUCCAUGUUCAAUAUGGCUCCAUGAUCAACAGUAGGAGAGGACUGGAGUUAGGUUUGUUGUUGGAGCAUGGGUUGUCACCACAAUGUCCAUGUUCAGUAUGGCUCCAUGGUCAACAACCGAAGAGGACUAGGGUUAGAGUUGUUGCUGGAGCACGGCUUGUCAUCACAAUGUCCACAUUCAGUUGGGCUCCAUGGUCACCAACCAGAGAGAACUGAGAUUGGGGUAGCUCGACUAUGAGGCCUCAGAUGACCACAAGGGAGUCCUUCAUAAUGCUUCCCAAAAAAAUGGAUGUAAAUACUCCGCUACCUUUGUGAAUGCAGAGGAAGGCAUGGGGAGUUGAUACUCCAGGGUUGGUCAAAGCCUGGUUUUCAAGGUAUUGUUGGACUGCAACUCCCAUUUGCUUAAGCCAGCAUAGCCAAUGAUCGGAAUGCUGACAACUGAGGUCCAACUUCUGGAAAGCCAUACUUGACCACCCUUUGAUUGAUAGUUUUUGUUUUUUUAACUAUUCUGUCAAUGUGGGGAGAGGAAUAUAAAGUCAUUUGCCAAGGUACGGAGAGUAAUUCCGGGAUCUUGGCUAUAUUUCAGUCUUCCUUUACCACCAUUUCCAGUUGGCUAAGGUGUUGACAGCAGUUCGGCCUGGAAGUGACGUAAUUGUCGGGAUUGCGGGAAUAUCCUUCUCCUGGAUAACAGUAUUUUGUGGCCCAGAAAUCUCUGUGAAAAGGCUUUUCUCUCCCCAUUGGGGGUGACAAAGGAGAAAAGUGGUGCAAAUUAACCAAUGCUGUAAUUAAAUUAACCCAUGAUUCGUAA